AUGUGCACGGCCCGCCCCGCCCUCCCUGGCGCGCCCGGCCCUGCUGCACGGGGACAGGAGCCGCGCGCGCCUCGCCGGGGCGCCUCCACCGCCCGCUGCGACCGCGCCGGGGAGCGGCGGAGGCCCCGAGCGGCCGAGGAGAGCGGAGGCGGCCGGCCCGCAGCGCCCCGGGGCCCGCGCCCUCCCGAGGGGGCGCAGCAGGAGCGGCGGGAGGCGGCGGAGGGAGGCCACGGCGCCACGAUGCCGCGGCCCUGGGCCCUGGCGCUCCCGCUGCUGCUCCCCUGGGUGGCAGGUGGAUCGGGGGACGCGGCCAGACUAGCAGGAAAGGGUCUCUGUUGCCCUUUCUGUUUUCUCAGUACUAACGGGUGGCUCUUGACCCACAGUGCAAAGGAUCGUGGGCUGUCGACGUCCACACCGCAGCCCGGGCUCUGUCGCUACGGAACUAAGCUGGCCUGCUGCUAUGGCUGGAGAAGGAACAGCAGGGGAGGCUGUGAAGCUUUGUGUGAACCCGGAUGCAAGUUCGGGGAGUGCGUGGGACCGAACAAAUGUAGAUGCUUCCCGGGAUACACCGGAAGGACGUGCAGUCAAGACGUGAAUGAGUGUGGACUAAAACCCCGGCCGUGCCAACACAGAUGUGUGAACACACACGGGAGCUACAGGUGCUUUUGCCUGAGCAGCCACGUGCUCAUGCCGGAUGCCACGUGUGCGAACUCGAGGACAUGUGCCAUGACAAGCUGCCAGUACAGCUGCGAAGACACAGAGGAAGGGCCUCGCUGUCUGUGUCCGUCCUCGGGGCUCCGCCUGGCGCCUAAUGGAAGAGUUUGUACAGAUAUCGACGAAUGUGCCUCUGGGAAAGCUGUCUGCCCUUACAAUCGAAGAUGCAUGAACACAUUUGGAAGCUACUACUGCAAAUGUCACGUUGGUUUUGAACUGAAAUAUGUCCGUGGCCGCUAUGACUGUGUAGAUAUAAACGAAUGUGCUGGGAAUACCCAUCCGUGCAGCCUCUAUGCCAACUGCCUCAAUACCCAAGGAUCCUUCAAGUGUAAAUGCAAGCAGGGAUACAGAGGCAAUGGCCUUCAGUGUUCCGUGAUCCCUGAAAAUUCUGUGAAGGAAGUCCUCACGGCCCCUGGUACCAUCAAAGACAGAAUCAAGAAGUUGCUGGCUCACAAAAACAGCAUGAAAAAGAAGAUAAAAAUCAAAAAUGUCAUCACAGAACCUUCUGGAACUCCUGCCCCUGAGGUUAACCUGCAGUCCCUCAACUCUGAAGAGAGUGUUUCCAGAGGUAGGAACUCUGAUGGAGGAAAAAACCGAAAUGAAGAGAGAAAGAAAGAGGGGCUCGAGGAAAAGAAGAGAAAGGAGAAAACCCUGAAGAACCACGUGGAGCGGGAGCAGAGCCUUCGAGGAGAUGUGUUUUCCCCGAAGGUGAACGCAGCGGGUGAAUUGGGUCUGGUUCUGGUCCAGAGAAAAGCUGUCACAUCCAGGCUGGAACACAAAGAUUUAAAUAUCUCAGUUGACUGCAGCUUUGAGCACGGGGUCUGUGACUGGAAACAGGAUAUAGAAGAUGACUUUGACUGGAAUCCUGCUGAUCGAGAUAAUGCGGUUGGCUACUAUAUGGCGGUUCCGGCCCUGGCAGGCCGCAAGAAGGACAUCGGCCGCCUGAAACUCCUGCUCCCGGACCUGCAGCCCCAGAGCAACUUCUGUGUGCUCUUUGAUUACCGGCUGGCCGGAGACAAAGUCGGGAAACUUCGAGUGUUUGUGAAAAGCAGUAACAACGCCCUGGCAUGGGAGGAGACCAGGAGCAAGGACGAAAGGUGGAAGACGGGGAAAAUCCAGUUGGGGCAAGGGAUCAGCGCUCCCAAAAGUAUCAUUUUUGAAGCAGAACGUGGCAGGGGAAAAGCCGGAGAAAUUGCAGUGGAUGGCGUCUUUCUGGUUUCAGGCUUAUGUCCAGAUCGCCUUUUAUCUGUGAAUGGUUGAAUGUGACCGUGGUCUUUUGCGUCUGUAUAUUCGGCUUUUUAUGUCAGUUCUCUGUUUUCUGAUAUCACACCAGAGAUUCCCCCACUUUAGAAAUACAAACUGAAAAGUUGUAAUGUACCAACAGAAACGUCAUUGUCACACGCCUUUCUUGUAUAAGACGUGCCAAGCGUUGCUUUAAGUGUAGUGCCACUGUGCUUUUAGAAGUAUAAAAACAAACAACAACAACAAAGACUACAGGGAAUUGUUUCUUUGUUUGACUUUCCUGGCACUCCUUGGAAACUGUGACGUCACAGAUAGGUUUUUACCUAAGCGGCUUAGCCUGAUCUUUUACAGCCAAGCUUGUACAUUUAAAUUCUUUGUAAUGACGUUCAAAUAAUUACCUUGUGUCAUGGUUUAAGUUUUCCUAAGGAAGAAAAUGAGUUUUUGAUGCUGUGUUUCAUUACGUGUAUAAUUAUUUGCUUUCCUGGAAAAUGGGGGUUUUAUUCAUUUUCGUUGGAAAUGCUUUGCAUUCUUAAAAAUUCAUAAAAUUAC